CCGAAAUCUCAGGGCAGGCAGAGCAUGUUCUUCGAAUUCUUCUGAUGCUGUUUGAACAUUUGGAGUGGCGGCAAAUAGUAACCGACAACGGAGAGAGACAUUCUCUCUGUAGAAUCUAGAAUUCUUGCUUCAGUUCAGAACCUUCACAUUCAUUCAUUCAUUCAUUUAUGGUUGCUAAGCUAGGGCUACUUUUGCGAUGACGGUGGACGCCCUCUCAUCCGUUUGCAAAUUGGACAUUUUGGAUUCGUUCAACGAUGAUUCUCUCAAACAAGUUUCUGAAAGUUGGAAAGGUUUCUGCUUAGCUACCAAAUCUCUUCUCGCCGGAAACACCGAUACUUCUCUGGGUCCAGAGUUUGUUUCUCACUCUCAUGUUUUGUUCACGCACGGACUCGAAUCUGCCCUACAACAACACUUCUUUGCCUCUCUGCAGGGAACUUUUGAGAAGAAUGGAGCAAAAGUGUUUUGGCAGCAUUUUGAUGCUUACAAGAAUUUUGCAGCUUUAGAAGAUAACAUGAAUCCUGAUGAAGUUCAGCAUGUCAUUUGUAAAGCUUUGAAAGAGUUAUUGCUGGAAAAGUUGUUUGAGGAGAAGUGUCUAACUAUACUGGUGCGAGCCCUGCAGUCAUACAAGGAGAGUACGCUUGACAGUCGAUAUCGUGGAGAGACGGAAAAAAAGAUACUGUUUUCUAAAUAUCAAUUAAUAGUGUCUACAGCUCUUCUCUCCUCACUUCCAAGGCAUUUUCCCGAAAUAUUGCGAUGGUAUUUCAAAUCAAUGCUAGAAGAACUAAGUACAAUAGCUGGAGAUGGCAGAUAUGAUAGUCAAUCUGAUGAUAGAGAUGACAUGGAUGUAGAUGUUAAAAGAGAACUCCCCAACAAAGAUAUUGACAUGGGGACGGAUGGAUGCUCACAACAGAAAAGGCCUUUAGAAGAUAGUGAGCUAGUGAAGAAUAUAGGAAUUGUUGUACGUGAUCUUCGAAAUCUAGGUUUUAUCUCAAUGACCGAAGAUGCAUAUGCUUCUGCCAUUUUUUUGCUUUUGAAGGACAAAGUAUACAAUCUCGCCGGUGAUGACUACAGGAGUUCUGUUUUGGGGUCUGUCAAGGAAUGGAUACAGGCUGUUCCCCUGAGGUUCUUGCAUGAACUUCUCGUUUACCUUGGUGAUUCCAGUUCUUAUGAUAGUGCUUCUCCUGGUCAAAAAUCACCUUUGGCUUCACAAUCCUGGUCAUAUUAUCCCGGAACAGACUAUCCUUCUCAAGGAUUGGUUAGAUGGCACUUACGAUUGGAGUAUUUUGCCUAUGAGACAUUGCAAGAUUUAAGGAUAGCCAAACUUUUUGAAAUUAUAGUGGAUUAUCCUGACAGCUCUCCUGCCAUUGAAGACUUGAAACAAUGUCUUGAAUACACAGGACAACAUUCAAAGCUGGUUGAUUCGUUUAUAUCUGCGCUCCGGUACCGAUUGCUCACUGCUGGUGCUUCAACCAACGAUAUCUUGCACCAGUAUGUUUCUACCAUUAAAGCUCUGAAGACAAUAGAUCCUGCUGGUGUUUUUCUUGAAGCAGUUGGUGAACCAAUAAGAGAGUACCUUAAGGGGAGAAAAGAUACCAUUAAAUGUAUUGUCACCAUGCUUACAGAUGGGACUGGUGCAAAUGCAGGUGGACCUGGAAACACUGGUGAUAGUCUUCUUGAAGAACUAAACAGAGAUGAAGAAAGCCAAGAGAGUUUUGGUUUUGAUGAUGAUAUUAAUACCGAUGACAAGCAGGCUUGGAUAAAUGCUCUACGCUGGGAGCCUGAUCCUGUUGAGGCUGAUCCCUUGAGGGGUAGCAGCAAUAGAAGAAAAGUCGACAUUCUUGGUAUGAUUGUUGGCAUUAUCGGUUCAAAAGACCAACUCAUUAAUGAAUAUCGUGUUAUGCUGGCUGAGAAGCUUCUGAACAAAACGGAUUAUGACAUAGACAUGGAAAUUCGAACUUUGGAACUUCUUAAGAUACACUUUGGAGAAACGAGCAUGCAGAAGUGUGAAAUAAUGCUUAAUGAUCUUAUUGAUUCUAAAAGAACAAAUGCUAAUAUAAAAGCGACCAUCAACAAGUCAUCUCAAACAGAUGCUGAAUCCAUUGAGGACAAUGACAUGUCUCUGGAUACUAUCAGCGCCACCAUCAUAUCUUCAAACUUCUGGCCACAAAUCCAGGAUGAAGCCCUUAACAUUCCUCUGCCUCUGGAUAAUUUGUUGACUGAUUAUGCAAAAAGGUUUCAUCAUAUCAAGACUCCUCGUAAGCUUGUUUGGAAGAAGAAUCUUGGUACAGUCAAGUUGGAGCUGCAAUUUGAAGAUAGAUUGGUUCAAUUCACGGUCACUCCUUUGCUCGCUUCAAUCAUUAUGCAAUUUCAAGAUCAAACAAGCUGGUCGUCUAAACAUCUUGCAGCUGCUCUUGGAGUACCUGUUGAUGUACUUAAUCGAAGAAUAAGCUUCUGGAUUAGCAAGGGAAUCAUUUCAGAAACCAUGGAAACAGAACCUAGUGACCACAUAUUUAACCUGGUAGAGGGUGUGGCUGAAGGCACCAGGGCGGGUGCCAACAGUGGGGGAUGUGAGGAGCUUCUGGUAGCUGAUGAAGAUGGAGAGAGUUCAGUAGCUACUCUUGAGGAUCAACUUCUUAAAGAAAUGACUGUUUUCGAGAAAUUCAUUAGCGGGAUGCUGACAAAUUUUGGUAGCAUGGCAUUGGAUCGAAUCCAUAACACACUCAAGAUGUUUUGUAUAGCAGAUCCUCCUUAUGACAAAUCACUCCAGCAACUCCAGACCUUCUUAUCUGGUCUAGUUGCAGAAGAGAAGUUGGAGCUCAGAGAUGGCAUGUACUUCUUGAAGAAAUGAAGGCACUAAUUGCGCACAAACUUUGAAUGUAUUUGAACAAUUUAUUAUAGAGGUUUCCCCCCUUUUUUUUGUGUAAGAAACGUGAGAAGCUCAAGCAUGAUAGGUGUAUGUAUGGGGAUUUUUUAUAUAUAUAUUUUUCAUUCCCAA